AUGAGCAGGUUCUAUUUCGGAGAUUCGGACGGGUCAGAUAACGACUUGAACGAUGAUAAUCUUCCGUUCCCGAAGCCGAUAUCGAGAGCUUCUUUUCUAACGCCGGAUUUCGAUGCCACAACCUUCCUGGCCUCGCUAUCAAACCGCCACCAGUCGUUGGCUGAUCUACAGACCGAGCUUCGAGAGCUGAAUGAGGCACUGAACAAGGAACUUCUUGACCUUGUGAAUGAAAAUUACCAAGAGUUUUUGUCCCUUGGAGCUGCUCUGAAGGGUGGCCAGGACAAGGUCCAGGAGAUUAGAGCUGGCUUGCUUGGGUUCCAGAGAAACGUGCAAGGGAUAAAAGAUCAGUUCGAGGCAAAGAAAAAAGAGAUACGGGAAUGUCUUGAUGAAAAGAAACGGCUACGGUCAAAGAUUUCGGUUGGGUACGAACUACUAGAUGUUGCAGAAAGGAUCGAAUUGUUGGAGACGAAUCUCAUGAUCCGGCCUGGAAAGGAUGCAACGGCAAAGGAGAACGGAGCUCAAGCGGAAGAUGAUCAUGAAAGUGAUGGCCUGUCGGAUGUCAUACUAGGAAGCGAAGCAGACGAUAGCGACGAAGAUGGAGAAGAAAGUGAGAACGAGGGCGGAAACAAGGCGAGAAUAUCUCUUCGCAGGCUGGAGGCCCAUAUACAACAAUAUCUGAGUGUGAAGGUAAUGGCGGAUCGGAUUGGAGAGAAACACCCUUUCAUCUCCAGCCAUGCCGGUAGGAUUGAUGCCAUCAAGUCGGCUCUACUGCUUGACCUGAGCACCGCGCUAAAGGAAACAAGUAAACUUGGAUCAAAGCGGGACGAAAAAAUUUCUACAAUACUACGGUUAUAUGACUCGCUGGGACACCAUGACGAAGGACAGCAAUGUUUGAAAAGGCUGGGAACAAUAACUGAAUAA